AUGGCCGGCCAAUUCUUUUCAGUCUUUGAGCUUGCCUUUCGCAUCGUCAUGUCUGUCACUCCACCUGGCGCGAUCAUCGACCUCCCUAGACACAAUCCCAUCAGUUCUUUUCUCUAUGCAAAUGUGCCAACCAGAUACUGGAAGCUGUACCACCUAUUCGCGGGACACCGAAGUCAUCGGCUCACCAUGCUUCGAAAACUCAUAUUUUCACCAGAGACUCUCACACUACCAAGGCCUUUACCAACACCGAGAGCCUUGCGCGAAGAUGAGACCAUCGUGUGGGAGCGAUACGAAGGCAUCGACGAACUCCGAUAUAUAAAAAGAUUCCGUUCUCAUGACAAACCAAUUCACUCGGUAUAUCGUAUGUGUGAGUUCAUCUGCGUAGACGAACACAACCAACUCAUGAUCGAGACCGACUACUUCCUGGCCAGAACGAACUGGCUGCUCGAGCAGAUAGCCGAUCCGGAUGAAGAUGAUCCAGAGCGACGUGCUUUGCUGGCCGCGACCAUCGAAAGUCUUGUUGACGCUUUCAACGAAAAACACGACCUUGGAGUGGCACGCAAAGACGUGGUCGUCCCGAGACAAGCGUGUCCGAAAUGGGUUGGAGAAGUUCCUGCGCUGGACCGCUUUCUUGACUUGGUUCGAGAAGAGGAAGAAAUCUUCGAGUCGUCCAUUGCACGAACUGAUCCUUUCACGUUGCGCAACAUCAGAGCACAUUCGGCGCAUAUUUUCAACUUUUGA